AUGUACACAUUACAACAGGCACAUAACAUGUACACAUUACAACAGGCACAUAACAUAUACACAUUACAACAGACACAUAACUUGUACACAUUACAACAGGCACAUAACAUGUACACAUUACAACAGGAACAUAACAUGUACACAUUACAACAGACACAUAACUUGUACACAUUACAACUGGAACAUAACAUGUACGCAUUACCACAGGAUCAUAAAAUGUACACAUUACAACAGGCACAUAACAUGUACACAUUACAACAGACACAUAACUUGUACACAUUACAACUGGAACAUAACAUGUACGCAUUACCACAGGAACAUAAAAUGUACACAUUACAGCAGGCACAUAACUUGUACACAUUACAAGAGGCACAUGACUUGUACUCAUUACAACAGGCACAUAACUUGUACACAUGA